UUAACACGUUUUCUUCCUACCAAUUCCAAUUCCAAUUCCAAGUUUCAUCUCUCUCUUUCCCUUGUCUAUUUCGUUACGCGUAGUGUUUGAGAUUUUACUUUACCCAGAGAUCUCUGACUCUCACCAAUCUCUCUCUCUCUCAAAUUAUAUAUAAAAAGGAAGAUGGACUACGAUUACAGGAACAGGUCCGGUUCAACAUACGACUCACCGAUGUACCGUACAUCCUCCACAUCAUCGGCACCAUCCAACCAUCCAAUGUACGGAGGCGGAGGAGGAGGAGGAGGAGGAGGAGGAGGCUCAUCCUUAUAUCCCCGGGUGGGUCAACCCGGUCCCAACGUGAUCCCUCCGCCAACCCGCACCUCUUCCCACCACCAGCACCACCACUCCUCCCCUUCUUCUGGAUUGGGCAUUAGGGUUGCCAUCAAACCCCAAUAUCGGAUCACUCCUCCGCCUCAAUUGUCAACACAAAUAGGAGAUAUUCCCCGGAGCAAUUUCCAGUUUGACUUUGAAUUUGACAGAAAAAUUUUAGCUGAAGCAGAGAAGGACAGCCAGAAUUGGAGCAGGUUUGGGCCGGAAAACGUUCCAUCUAAAAAUACGGAGUCUACAUCUUCAAUGCAGCGCCCUGUUGGAGAUCCUGUGGUGAACAAAUAUAUUACUAUGGGGCUCAACCGAGAAGCUGUUCCUCUUGCAGUUGCAAAUUAUGGUGACAAUCCAACCAAGGUAUGCUCCUGAAUCUUUUCUUGAUUUUAACUUUUAUUGUAACACCUGAAGUACGUACUGACUUUCCUGGAUGGUUUGCACCAUAAGUGGGUUCUAAAGAAUGGGCUUUAAGUUGAAGUUAUUCCUGUGGUGUGGGUAAAGAAUUGAUGAUGACAUUUGUAUAGUUAUCUUUUUGGAUGUGUGGCACAUGUACAUUUAAUAUUGGAACAUCUCUUACUCCGAUUGUUGUUGUUUGUAAGGGUGACUGUUAAGGACAUAUUGCUGUGGUCUUCUGGAGUUUUAUCUUCAGAGGAGGGCCAUUGUAUUAUGCUUGUCCAAAGGCCACAAGGUUCCUAACCAAGUCCAAGUUCAAAAUGGAUAGCCAAAGAAAAGGAAGAUAGGUUCAGUUGUAAUUAUUUUUUUCUAGCAUUUGCACCUUGGGGUUCACUUGUUACCAAAAAUGACUGAAGUCCUAUUAUUCAUCUAUUUUAUUGAAUGAUCAUAGUCUUAUGAUGGAAUUCCUAUUAUUCAUUUAUUUCAUGGAAAUAUCUUUGGCUCAAGAAAGAUUUCGUGUUUUUUAUGUACUAGUUAGUGUGGACCUUCUUAUCUUUUCUUGCUCUUAUACCUUGUGAUCUGCCUCAGCUUUGCAUUUAAAUUUGAUUCUUCUAGUAGAUGAUUAAAACGAUUGUCUUUGCUUUCACU